AAAGCUGCAUUACAGAUUACAGCCGAUUGAACCUGCCAUUGGCUGAGCAGCUGCUGCGCGUCUCCGCCUCUCAUCAUUCCGCGCGCUCGCUCCCGCUGCGGAUGCGUGCGACGGGACGGUCUCGCGCCCCGCUGUCUCUGCUCCCCAUCUUCCUCCUCUCCUGCCCGAAAAGGAAAGAUUAACUACAAACACAACAAUGGGAGGAAUAAACGCGUAGCAGCCGCUGCUCCAUUUCAUUUAAAUUUAAAGCGUCGUGUUUGGGUUUAUUCCCCGCGAAAAUGGCGACGGGGGCAGGCUGGCAGCCUCCGUACAACACCUCGACGAGCAGCACCAAAUAUACCCCCUCUCCAACCUCCAGCAUGUUUUACGACGGGAGUUUGACGCUGGAAUACACUCAAGACCUGCAUCUGAAGAUGAGCAAGAAGAUAGCACAGCUGACCAAGGUAAUUUAUGCUCUCAACACCAAGAACGACGAGCACGAGGAAGAAAUCGAGUCUCUGAAAGAAGCCCACGAGGACGAGGUCCAACACAUUGUGACCGAAACCAGAGACAAGAUCAUGCAGUACAAGAGUAAGAUGGUGGACGAGGCGGACCUGAGGCGGCGGCUGGCCAGUCUGGAAGAAUCUGUGGAGCUCCACGAACACAUGAAGAGACAGGCUUUAGCAGAGUUUGAGAUGUACAGACAGAGAAUGGAGGAUUCACAGCUCUGCACGGAGGCCCAGCACACACAGAGAGUGGUUUCUAUGAGCAGAGAGGUGGAGGAGAUGCGUCGGGAUUUUGAGGAGAAGCUGCGGUCGUUCAGCCAGGCUCAGGCCCAGUUUGAGGUGGAGAAACGGCGAGCGCUGGAGGAGCUGAGGGCCACCCACCGCCACGAGGUGGAGGAACUCCUCAACAACCAGCAGAACCAGAGCGCCUCCUCCACCGAAGACCAGGAGAAACUGGCCGAGCUGCAUAGACAAGAGGUGGAGGCGCUGAUGGAGAGGGUGGAGGAGAUAACGAAGGAUAAGGUGCGUCUGGUGGAGGAGUACGAGGCCAAGCUGGGCAAGGCUCAGGAGUAUUAUGAGAGGGAGCUGGAGGCCAUGAGGAGAACACAUCAGCUGACCACGGAGAACCUGCUGGCCUGGAAAAGAACCGAGGUUGAGCUGCGUAAAGAGUUCCAGGCUCAGGAAGCGGCGCUGCAGCGCUCGCUGUCCAAGCUGAGGAGCGAGCUUCAGAAAGCGCAGGAGGAGGCCCGAGAGAACCGAGACAAGACCAACAGGCUGCAGACAUCGCUGGCCAACGCCGAGGGAACCAUCAAGAACCUGCACAAACAGCUGGAAGAGGCCAUCCAGGACGGAGAGAUCUGGGUGAUGCAGCUGAAGGACACUGAGUAUGAACUGGAGGGCAGCAGGGAACGAGUUCAACAGCAGGCCACUGAAAUCCUCCAUAAAGCCAGUCAGAUCGGCUCCUUGCAGGCCACCCAGAUGUCCCACGAGGCGACCAUCAGGAACCUGGACCAGGAGCAGAGCCGGCUGAAGGAGAAGAUCAGCCGGCUGGAGGAGGAGAGGGAGGCUCUGCUCAACCAGAGCCAGGCCUCCAACGAACAGCACAAACAACAAGUGAUCAAGCUAGAACAGUCUCUGCGUGAGGAGCACCAGGGGUACGAGAAGGAGCUCUGCAGGCUGAGAGCACACUACGAGGAGGAGAUGCAUCGCUUCAAGGAGGCGCAGGUCAGAGCGCUGGAGGAGCUGGAGGGGAAACACCAGUCCAUGAGGGAGGAGGCGCAGCAGGAGAAAGAGGAGGAGAAGAAAGUGCUCAUCAAUAAACUGAGUCAGGAGUUUGAGAUCAAGCGUCUGUCUCUGGAGGAGCAGCGAGACCGCCUCCAGCAGCAGCUCGACAACUUGAAAGAGGAGCUGUCGGCCAAGCUCAACAUGGCCAAUCAGGAGGUGUCCCACCUGCAGGAGCUGGUGAGGGAGGGGGAGCAGAACAUGGGCUCAGCUCAGACGCAGAUCAACUGUCUGAGGGAAACUCAGGAGAAACUCAAGAUCGAGCUGGACGCCACCAGAGCCAGAGUCAGGGAGACCAGCAACCUGCUCACUGACCUCCAGGAGGAAAUCGAGACCCAGAGACAGCAGCACGACGCCAGAGUGAUGUCCAUCAGAACAGAAGAGAAGCAGAAGAUGGAUAAGAUGGCAGAUGACUUGGAUCAGAAGUGGAGAGAUGCACUGCGGGAGGAGGUGCGUCUGUUGAAGGAGGAGCUGACCGAGGAGUAUGACGCGGACAAACAGUCGGCGCUGACUCAGCUCUCCCAGCAGAAAGAGCUGGAGAUGAUGGCGGCCAGAGAGGGCUGGCAGAGGAAGGUGGAAGACCUGCUGGAACAGAUCUCUCUAUUGAAACAGUCCCUGGAGCUGCAGCUGUCACAGUCGCAGUCAGCUCUCCAACAGCUGCAGUCUCAGUUCAACCAGGAGAGGGAGCUGCUGAGCCAACAGCUGAAAGAGAUGCAGAGAGAACAUCAGAGGAGAGAGCAUCGAUUACAGGAGGCCCACUGCUGCGCCCUGAGCACCAUGGAGGAGGCCAGGCAGCACCAGAUAAGGGCCCUGGAGGAGCGUCUGAAGCAGGAGCAGAGGGAGGAGGUCCACGCUCUGAAGGAGGCGCACAGGAGGACCUUGGACAUCCUGAGACAGCAGUCGGACCAGGAGCUGCAGACGCUGCGGUUCGAGCUGGAGGACGAGGGCAAAGCAAAGCUGGCGUCCCUUCGUGCAGAACUAAACCACCUCCACGCUGCGUCCAUAGAGCAUCUAAAGCAGAUCCACCUCAAAGAAAACAAUUCGGCCAAACGAGAUCUAGAGAACGCUAUCGAGCACAGCCGCCAGCAGGAAAAAGAGCUCCUCUCUCGUAUCUCAGAGCUGCAAGCAGAGUUAUGUUCCCGUAGCAACCGCAUCACGGACCUGGACCACGAGAUCCACUCGCUGAACGAGACCAUCGACACUCUGACCAGAGAGCUGGAGAUAAAGGGCAAAGAGGUCCUACGAGUCCGCAGCGAGGCCAACCACCAGAUACGGGCCCAUGAACAAGACCUUUCAAAGAGACAUGAGAGGGAUCUGGGGGAGAUAAGUAUAGUCCAUCACAGAGAAACGCAAAUCAUGCUGGCUGACUUCAACAAGGCCCAGGAGCUGCUGAAAGACAAGAUCACAGCGCUACAAAUACUGUUGGAGGGAACAGAGGAGAAGUUGAGAAACAGAGAAAGCCGACCAGAAGACCUGCACGUUAUAGCAGAGCUCAGAGAGAUGGUCACCGAGAGAGAAGCUCUGGUCAAGAAGCUGGUGGACGACAAGAAGUUCUACCAGCUGGAGUUGGUCAACAGAGACACGGGGUUCAACAAGGUCUUCAAUUCCAGUGCCAACGUCGGUGUAAUCAACCCUCUUAUCAAGUUAAAAACAGGCAGCCAAUCAGGUCACCGCUUCACCAGCUUCCCUAGCCAGUCAGCUCUCCAAUUCGUCAGCCCUCCCACCUCGAGUCAUGGCGGACAGGAAGAGGAGGGACGGGAGGUGGAGGAGGUAGGACCGGGUGGCAGCUUUGCGCCUCCUCACUCCCCCCUCCUGAGGUCCCUCCCCAGACUUAGGAAAGCCCUGCCACUGCUCAGCCCUCUUCCUCUCUCUCCUCUUCCUCAGCAUCCUCCUCUUCCUCCCUCUUCUCCUCAUCCUCCACAUCAUCCCAUGCCAAGCCUUGCUCUUCCUCAUGCUCCUCAUCCUCAGGAAGCCCUGGUGCAGCAUCAGGGCCUGCAAAGCUUUAGGAGCCUUCCUGAGACCACCGCCACGACACCGUCCGACCCGAGGGGGGUGGAGGCAGGAAAAGGCAAAGAAGACGUUGUAAAAGAAGAGGAGCUGUACUCCCAGUACUUCUCUUUCUGACCGGCAAAAAAAAAAAAUCCCAAAUGUGUCAAAAAAUGAGGUAACGGGACAGAGAGCUAAAGUUGGACAGCAAUCAAACUGUAGGUUUUGAAAGUCAUUUGGGCGACAUUAAUAUCAAACGUCCACUGCUAAUCACUGCGCUCCCAUCAAUCAUGUGCAGGGGGAGUGCAACCUUUGGGCUUCCAUACAUGGUGAGCACGAUGAGUAAUGUGGCUUGUCAGUGCAUCAUCAUGAAAGUGUGCAGGAGGUGAGGGAAUAUAAACACUUCCAUACGGGACAUUUGUAUGAGCUUUAAAGCUGCACUCGGCAACAUAAGUGGUUAGAAAUAAAUAGAAUUUUAAAUUUUUUAAGGAUUUCAGAACCCAUUAGUUUACAUUUUGACAAACUGAGAUGCAAAAGUGAAACUGUAAAUGUAGAAUAGAGGAGGUGUGGAGGUAUUAACGAGCUUCACGAGCCGUGUUUCCAUUAAAGAAAUUUCGCAUUAAAGAAUAUGCAAAUUAGGGACGUUUUCCAUCAAACUAGUUUCGAGCGAAUAAACAAAGCUGCAGUGACAUACUUUGGUCAGAAGAUGGCAGUGUAAUGUCUUGCUGUAGGCUAAUCCGUCAGGAAACAGGAGAAGAAGAGAGAGAAAACAACAAAGAAGUUGACAGUAAACAGCCUUUUCUUCUUCUUCUUUUGGAUUUUCUGGUAGAGCGGAAACAGCUGAUCAGCCAUGUGAGUUAAAUGUUCGUUACAUCAGAACUUAUUCAGAAAAAACGAUUCCAUCUCCCGUUUAGUGCAUUAACUUUUUAAGACAAAAACCACCUCAAGCUAGUGUAAAAACGUUCUGAAUUUUGUUGUUGCUGGAAACAUUUAAAAUAAAAAAAGAAGAAGAAAAGACACAUGAAGCUAUAGCUACUGCUUAGAUUGACUCAGGUCAGGAACUAUCAGCUUUCUGAUUGUCACAAGUAAUCACUUUGUUAUCUACUGAUAAAAAUUAUUGUAUUAACCGUCUGAACU